AUGGUCCAUCAACGCGCAGAGCGACAGCGUCAGCCAUCAACGCGCAGAGCGACAGCGUCAGGAGCCUCGAGCUCGUCUGUCGUCCCCGGAGCCUGGUGGAAGAUUCCCAGAGACACUGCGGUCUCGGGGACAACCCCCGACGUCCAAGGCUGUCCCGCUCAGCUCGAAACCGGGAUACGGCGCGGAGCGCUGACGCCGGGCGGGACGGAGCGGGCACUUGACGGAGCGCGGCGACGGCGGCGGCCCAGGGCCCUCGGAAAGCAGGUGGAAAGGCGGGCCGCUGCCUUUGAUCACGCUAAGAGACUGUCACUUUUCUUACGGAGAACAAGAUUCUUGGAGGCCCGGGAAAGAGCAGCUGAGGAAACUGCACUUCCUAAGAGCCCUUCCCCAGAACCCCCCAGGAGCGAGGGUGCAGCGAAGGCGAUCCCUGGGAAGCCUGAGCAGCAGACUCCAGCCCGUCCCAGAGCCCCUGCCAGCCUCGCAGCCCCCCCUCUCUGCACCCUUUGUUCAAACUUCGCUCAUCCGAGGUGGCCCCUCUGGGACCACCUGGAGCUGAGGGGCGUCUGUGCUGUUGCCGGGCAGCGUGGGCCUCUGUACAUGACUGUCUGCCGAGUGCCACCCUGUGUCUGAGGGAUGUGUCCCUGGGUGACACAAGAUUAUCGGAGCCCUUUCAGAGCGCGCACAACAAAUGCGCCCCUCGUCCAAUGCAUCAUUUACGCCGCAGAUCCGCGCGCUGAUGGGCAGGCAGAUAGCCGUCCGCGGGGGCAGCGGCGCCCCGCGCCCCACCGCCGCUCAGGGCCGCCCGCGUGCGCCCUCCGUGCGCCCGG